CGUUUAGUAUAUUUACCCAUGCGGUCAAUACCACGAGUUUAUUUUGAUAAAAAUUAAACAAAAAACGUAGACAGAAUGGCUCGGAAACGAAAGAUUCCCGUGCGCAAGCACCACGGCGUCCGAGAUCCCCUCAAGCAGCUGGAACAGAAGGAGAAAAAGCUUUCUAAAGUAACGAACAAUCCGCCCGUGAAAAAGGAUGAGCAGCAGGUGUCCUUCAAGUUCCGUCAGUUUCAGCAGCUAGCCAACGCCACCAAAUCGGGCAAGAAGCUAAGAUUAGGCGAAAUCGGACGGGAAGAUAAGCCGAAAUCCUCUCCAGGAUCCAAACCUGGCAGUAGUUCCUCCUCGAAGGAAACGAAGAACAUUAAACAGUUUGCCAACGAAACGGACGAGGAUUAUCUGCAGCGAGUGAAUCGCAUGACCAGCGCAUCCGUACGAGAAGCUCACUACGAGGCCAAAUAUGGUGUGAACGUGAUAAGAAACCCCAAAACCGGGGAGAUUACGGUCCAAAAGAGGCCCAAAAACGAGAUUGACGAGCUGCUCAAGCAGAAGCAAAAGGAGCAACGGCUGGCGGGCAAAAGGGGUCGCAAAAAGGUUCAAAUCGUGCACAAACCCAUGGAUGCGAAAACCAGUCGCGAACUGGUCAAGAGGGCCUACAAGGAGGCACAGCAAGAGGUUGAAACCGAGGAGAAGCAGAAAGCCGGGCCAACGGAAUUCAAACAGGAUGUUGUGGCAUUUGGUGAGAUCGUCCAUGCUCCGCCUUCCCUCAAAAUCCUGCCACGCAAGGCGGAAAAAAGUGAAACGGUGCCGCGUCCAGGACGCAAAGCCAAUCUCCUUCUCAAAUCCAUGCUGGAUCCCGACAAGGCGCAGUCAAAUCGGGGCCAGGAAGACGACGACAGCAGUCGAUUAAAGCUGGCUGCCCAAUCCAAGAGCGCCUUCAAAGCACCCACCAAGGCCCAGUUGAAGGGCAAGCGGAAGGAUUUACCCUUGGCCACAAGGUCCAUGCUCGAAACCGAGCGCAGCAAGAUGGUUCAGCUAUAUCGUCAGCUUAAAAACAAGACGACGGCGGAUUCUUGAUAAAUUCUAGAGUAGAGACCAGCGUACAUUUUUUUUUAACAUUAAAACAACUAAACUUAGUCACUUAAGUUACGUGAAUGUAUUUGUUACCUACUGAAGUGCAGACGUAGUUUCAUUAUAGGA